CCCGGCACUCCCACCCGGCCGCCUCCGGGGACGGCCCGGCGGCGGCGGCGGCCAAGCCGCUGCUGCGCUGGGACGAGGUGCCCGACGACUUCGUGGAGUGCUUCAUCCUGUCGGGCUACCGGCGUCUGCCGUGCACCGCCCAGGAGUGCCUUGCCUCGGUGCUGAAGCCUACCAACGAGACGCUCAACUUCUGGACGCACUUCAUCCCGCUGCUGCUGUUCCUGAGCAAGUUCUGCCGCCUGUUCUUCCUGAGCGGCGGCGACGUGCCCUUCCACCACCCGUGGCUGCUGCCGCUGUGGUGCUACGCGUCGGGCGUGCUGCUGACCUUCGCCAUGAGCUGCACGGCGCACGUGUUCAGCUGCCUGUCUCUGCGCCUGCGCGCCGCCUUCUUCUACCUGGACUACGCGUCCAUCAGCUACUACGGCUUCGGCAGCACCGUGGCCUACUACUACUACCUGCUGCCGGGCCUCAGCCUGCUGGACGCCCGGGUGAUGACCCCGUACGUGCAGCAGCGCCUGGGCUGGCACGUGGACUGCACGCACCUUAUCGCCGCCUACCGCGCGCUGGUGCUGCCCGUGGCCUUCGUGCUGGCCGUGGCCUGCACCGUGGCCUGCUGCAAGAGCCGCACCGACUGGUGCGCCUACCCGUUCGCGCUGCGCACCUUCGUCUUCGUCAUGCCGCUCAGCAUGGCCUGCCCCAUCAUGCUCGAGAGCUGGCUCUUCGACCUGCGCGGCGAGAACCCCACGCUCUUCGUGCACUUCUACCGCCGCUACUUUUGGCUGGUGGUGGCCGCCUUUUUCAACGUGAGCAAGAUCCCCGAGCGCAUCCAGCCGGGCCUCUUCGACAUCAUCGGCCACAGCCACCAGCUCUUCCACAUCUUCACCUUCCUCAGCAUCUACGACCAGGUGUACUACGUGGAGGAGGGCCUGCGCCAGUUCCUCCAGGCGCCGCCCGCUGCCCCCACCUUCUCGGGCACCGUGGGCUACAUGCUGCUGCUGGUGGUCUGCCUGGGACUGGUCAUCCGAAGGUUUCUGAACAACUCCGAAUUCUGCAGUAAAAAAGUGGAAAAAAAAAUUCUCCAUGCCAUCACUACAUGGACCAGGAAAAGGCUUUUUGUGUUUCAGGGCUGGGGGGAGGAUUCUGUGGCUCCUUUUUUGUUUUUGUUUUUUGUUUUUUUUUAUCAGCAUAAAGCGUGUGGUAGCUCUGAACUCUCUUCAUUUCAGCUUUCUCCUAGACCAUUUCUUCCACCCUUGAAGCCUUCACUUUCCACAAAUCCAGCCUUGAAGACAAGGGUUACUAAAAGGAGCCUAUGUGUAUUUAGGCCUUCUCCAACCAUCUGCCUUAGGAGGGUCAUUCAUUUCUAAACUAAGGAUUUAAAUACGAUGACUAUUUAUAUUCCUCAGAUUCGCAUGAAUGUACAACCAGCAGGACCCCUUUUGCAGUAAAAGGGCAUUACUUGAAGGGCCAUACUUGUUUUUAUCCUCAGGUCAGAGGCAGAGGCAGGAUUUAACACUGAUAAAUAGAGACCUUCUUGUGUCCAUUUUUGUUUUUGUUUUUGUUUAAAGUUCAUUGAAUGGUGAUCAUGGAGAAAGAAGAGAGUAAGAAAUAAUGCAGGUACGAAGAAGAGUUUUUUCCCAUUGCUUGCUAAAUUAAUUAUUUUAGGCUACCCUGAUCCAGUCCUUACCUAGGUCCUAAAGAACUGUAUUUAGCUAGCAAGAGACGCAGUCUGAGGAUGUGUGAACUUCCAGACAUGAACUGUGAGGUGCUUUCAAAUCCACUGUGUAUUCUGACAGAAAAGCAUAACUUAAUCGUAAUUCCACAUUACGUGUUAAACAAAAUAAUCUAUAGAAAUAGACAUCACUUUGACCAGUUCUGUGCAUGUAGCUGAACAAAAUUGUUACUGAUUUCUGUUGUAUAGUGUGCUAUGAUUUUGGUUUCUGGAGACACUUGUUCCCUGCAGUCUUGAAUAUGAAAAUCUGUGUAAAUAAUAUAACUAUGCAUUUUUUUUCUGCUGGAAAACAAAUGUAUGAAAUAAGAAUAAAUUAUUUGUAAGCACAGUG